GUGGGGACCCUGAAUCGAAACCCAGCCUCCUGCUGGCGCUGCCACAGCCACCGUGAGGGCCUCGGCCAUCCAAGGGUCUCCCAGGUGACCUUCGCCCCACCCCAGGAAGCCAUGACAGAGGCCAGGAAGCUGCCCCCACCACUGCCCCCUCGGCUGGACUGGUUCGUGCACACCCAGUCGGGCCAGCUGGCCCAAGACGCGGUCCCCGAGUGGUUCCAUGGUGCAAUCUCAAGAGAGGAGGCUGAGAACCUGCUGGAGUCGCAGCCACCAGGAUCCUUUCUCAUCAGGGUCAGCCACAGCCACGUGGGCUACACACUCUCCUACAAAGGCCAAAGCAGCUGCUGCCAUUUCAUGGUGAAGCUCUUGGAUGAUGGGAGUUUCAUGAUCCCCGGGGAGAAGGUGGCCCACACCUCGCUAGACGCCCUGGUCACCUUCCACCAGCAGAAGCCAAUUGAGGCGCUCGGGGAGCUGCUGACACAGCCCUGCAGGCAGAAGGAUCCCGCGAAUGUGGAUUACGAGGACCUCUUCCUCUACUCCAACGCAGUGGCCGAGGAAGCUGCCUGCCGGGUGUCUGCACCUGAGGAGCCCUCCCCAAAGCCAGUCCUGCUUCACCAAUCAAAGGAAAGGAAGCUGUCAGCAGAGAUGAACAGAAUAACCACUGAGGAAGCCACUUCCUCCUGCCCCUCAAAAGCCCCUCUGGGAGAGGCCCGUCAGAAACUCUGGAGGAACCUCAAAAUGCUCCCCGAGAGAGGCCAGAGGGUCCGGCAGCAGCUGAAAACCCACCUCGCCACUGUGAACUUGUCGUCACUCUUGGAUGUCCGGAGAUCCACGGUGACCUCAGGCCCUGGGACCAGAAAAGGCAGCCAAGAACCGUCAGGGGACACCACCUUAAGGGACAGAGUCUACCCGGACCCCUUUGUUGCCACGUCCCUUGAAAACCCCUCAGAGCCUCAGGCGCCAAAAGACAGAAAGAUCCCCACCAGGAAGGCCGAGAGGUCGGCCAGCUGCAAUGAGGUGACUUCAGGGAGCAGGAGCUGGCACCAAACGGUAGUGAGAGCUGUAUCCUCCCAGGACUCCAAGCCGGAGUGCCAGGGCUUGGCAGAGCCUGAGAAUGACCAGCUCCCAGAGGAGUACCGACAACCGCCACCCUUUGCCCCUGGGUACUGCUAGAGAAUGGGUCCACCCCGGCUCUGGGACUCUUGGUGCCAGGGGUUGCCACACUCCUGGAUGUCCUAACAGUUCUUCCAUGGCCCCAGACCACGGCAUUCGGGAAUCUUGGGGAACCCGGGAAAUGGAAUAAAGACGUUUUGGGAGUCUGUUCCUACAGUCACCCGUGGGGUGAGCUGGUUAUUUUAGCAAUAAUCAUCAGAGUAAUCCUGAUGGUUUGGGGUACCUCCUGUCCAUUAGCCCCUGCACCGGACCCACUGUAUCCAUUAUUUGAUAUCCCAGAGCAAGCCCCUUAGGUAGCGUUAUCCUCCACGUUUUGAAGAAGAGACUGAGGUUCAGAGAGGAGGAGAGGCGUGAGCAAGGCUACAGAGCUAUGGGUGUCAGCACCAGGAAUUGAAGCCAGGUGAAUCACCGAGCCGUCUUCCCACGUCAUCUGUUUGUUCUGUUGUCUAAAAGCACACUGCAUGCUGGGCGAGGCGGCACAUGCCUGUAAUCCCAGCACUUUGGGGGGUCGAGGUAGAUGGAUCACUUGAGGCCAGGAGUUCGAGACCAACCUGACCAAUAUGGUGAAAUCCCGUCUCUACUAAAAAUAAAAAAUUAGCCCGGUGUGGUGGCGGGCACCUGUAAUCCCAGCUACUCGGGAGGCUGAGGCAGGAGAAUCGCUUGAACCUGGGAGGCUGAGGUUGCAGUGAGCCCAGAUCAUGCCACUGCACUCCAGCCUGGGCGACAGAGCAAGUCUC